AUGAUCAAGGCGUUGGAAUUCUCUGUCGACCUAGAAAUCGAAUCGAGGUUGUUAUCUUCGAAGUCACAAACGCCCGAAGGAAGAAAGUAUAUGUUGUUUCCGUGGCACAGAAUACUCAAUUACUCAACCUACCACGUCGGCGAUAAGGCAACCAGGGGCCCCUAUUAUACCGAUGCUUUCCAAAUGGAACAUAGCUGUUGGUUGCGCUUCGAUUACGCCACCGUUAGGACCAUGGACGUCACCGAAGAGCAAGUGUUGAAGUCGCAGGACACACAAGUGCCUUAUUAUUUACUCUUCUUCAGGCGGAGGGAUACUGUCGGGUGGAAUAUUUGA